CUCAAGGCCGCUGCAUUGCUGCUGAUAACAGUGGGAUACAUAACAUGCAACACGUCUUUGACUCCAAAUCGAAUCUGAGCAUGCCCCGGUCCCCUCCAGCAGCUGACUCAUACCAGCAGGGCUGCAUCAGGAUGACCCUGGAGAAUACUGAUCUGUGGAAGUCCUUUCACAGCAUCGGGACAGAGAUGAUUAUAACAAAGCACGGAAGGAGAAUGUUCCCACACUGCAGCAUCAGCCUAUACGGGCUCCAACCUUUUGCAAAUUACGUCGUCAUGAUGGAUAUGGUUCCUGUAGGCAACUUCAAAUACAAGUGGAAAAAGGAGCAGUGGGAGGUCGCAGGGAAGGCAGAGCCCCAGCCCAUGAGUCGGACAUACAUGCACCCGGACUCCCCUGCCCCAGGAAGUCACUGGAUGAAACAGCCGUUGUCUUUCCUCAAGAUGAAGCUCACCAACAACACCUUGGACCAGCACGGCCAUAUCAUCCUGCACUCUAUGCAUCGCUACUACCCCAGGUUUCACAUCACGCAGGCAGACAGUCCUUACACUGUUCGCUGGGGGCCUUUUCAGACCUUCUCCUUCCCAGAGACAGCCUUCACUGCAGUGACUGCUUACCAAAACCCAAAGAUCACCAAACUGAAGAUCGACCACAACCCCUUCGCUAAGGGAUUCAGGGAGGGAGGCACUCAUUCACACAGCAAAAGGUGUCGAUCAAAUAGGAGUCCUCCAGCAAAAAGAGCCAUACUAGACAGGGAAGCUCUUUGCAGCAGUCCUCCAGGCCUGCAGAGGAUGCCCUCCACUUCUCAGUCAGUGAAGACAGGGAGAGAUCAGGUUUCCACACAGCAGCCACUGAAGGGGGGUGACCUUACAGCCUGGGCUGUAGAGCAGGACCCAUCUGAGAGUCUACAUGCUGAGCCCCUGGAGUUGCAGGAGUAUGACUACAGCUGUGAAGAACAGAUGGUGCCUGCAUCCGUGCCAUACCAGCCCUACAGAUCUUUAGAGUACACCAGAUAUCCACUGCCUUCCAAUGACGUAGACGCAACACACACCCACGUCCACCCUCCACCUCACCCACUCGCCACCGCCGAACACAACUCCCAACAACAUGGCUACUACCACCAUCCACACCACCACAGCCGUGCAGCAGACUGGAGCCAGUACCCGCUCUUCUCCUACUCCUGCUGGUGACCUUUGACCCUUUGCAAUAGUGACAUCAUUGAUCCAGGAUGAAACCACU